GAAAACCGUCCAAUCCCGGAACCAGGUCCCAAUGAGGUCCUCCUGCGGAUGCAUUCCGUUGGGAUCUGUGGGUCUGAUGUUCACUACUGGCAGAACGGUCGAAUUGGAGAUUUUGUUGUGAAGAACCCCAUGGUGUUGGGGCAUGAAGCUUCCGGGACUGUCGUCAAAGUGGGAUCAGGGGUGACUCAUCUGAAACCAGGUGAUCGAGUGGCCAUCGAGCCUGGAGUCCCAAGAGAAAUGGAUGAGUUCUGCAAAACCGGCCGCUACAACCUGUCUCCCACUAUUUUCUUCUGCGCAACGCCUCCCGAUGACGGGAACUUGUGCCGCUACUACAAGCACAGUGCCAGCUACUGCUACAAGCUUCCAGAUAAUGUCACCUUUGAAGAAGGAGCCCUUAUUGAGCCACUUUCAGUGGGAAUCCAUGCCUGCAGAAGAGCAGGAGUCACUCUGGGAAGCAAAGUCUUCGUGUCUGGCUCUGGACCAAUCGGGCUCGUUAAUGUGCUGGUCGCUAAGAUGAUGGGUGCGGCGGCAGUGGUAGUUACUGAUUUAUCUGCUGCUCGCCUGCAAAAAGCCAAGGAGGUGGGAGCAGAUUUCACCAUUCAGGUGAAGAACGAGACCCCACAGGAGGUGGCCUCCAAAGUGGAGAGCCUCCUUGGCUGCAUGCCCGAGAUAACUGUCGAGUGUACAGGAGUGCAGGCCUGCAUCCAGGCUGGCAUUUAUGCCACUCGUUCUGGUGGGACCUUGGUGCUGGUGGGACUGGGAGCUGAGAUGGUCACUGUGCCCAUCGUGAAUGCUGCUGUGCGGGAAGUGGAUAUCAGAGGGAUCUUCCGCUACUGCAACACGUGGCCUGUGGCAAUUGCUCUGCUUGCAUCCAAGCGGAUCAACGUCAAGCCCUUGGUUACGCACCGCUUCCCCCUGGAAAAGGCUCUUGAGGCUUUUGAGACCACCAAGAGGGGUGAGGGGGUCAAAGUCAUGCUGAAGUGUGACCCCACUGACCACAACCCUUGAGAUGCCGUGGUGCCCGGCCCUUUCCCCAUUACUCCACCUGCCUUGUACUAGAGCUAGAAAAUGAAAAGAUAAUGAGGGUGAAUGGCUCUGAGGGACACACCAUUAGAGCGUUGAC